CUGCUCCCUGGUUCCUCAUUUGACUGAAGAGGGGGUGCUCGCUCUAAGGACGAUAACCAUGGCAACGCUAGUAGUAAACAUACUUGGCCAUCUCUGACUAUGUGCCGCUUUCAGCGUUUGAACUCAAUCCUCUUAACUACGCAUUAGGUAGGUAGCAUCAUUAUGUCCGUUUUACAGAUGAGGAUGCUAAGGUUUCAGGACAUGAAUCGUCCUGUCCAAGGUCACAUAGAGAGCCGGUCAAAGUAGCUGGACUUCAGGCCUCAUCCUAAGCCCCAUCUUGAUGUGUUUUAGGGGUCCGGGGGCUAGGGUGGGAGCAAGCCUCUUCCCACCAGCCAUGCUGGAGGUCGAGUCUGGCCAGCUGGUUCAGAUCCCAGCUCUGCCACUCACUAGCCAGGGGCACUUGGGCAUAUAUCUCCUCCGAGCCCUUCUCUGGACCCUUGGACAGUCAAUAAAUAUUUGCUAAAUGAAUGAGUAAAUGCCUAACAAACAUGGCUAUGUUGUAAUAGCUCUACUCAAUGGGACAGUAGACAAUAAUUUAAAAUAAUAUGUAAUACGAUUAAAACAACCACCUACAGUGUUAACGAGCAAAAGCAUGAAGAACGCGAUUGCAGCCAGGUGAAAAGACUUAGUGUCAACUAGAGUAGAGAAACUGGAAAAACACUAUAAUGGUGGUGUGAUCAGGCAACUGGACUGACUGUACAUUUUCCCCCUAAUUGUCCCUGUUUUUCAAUUGUUAAUUGCCUGUAUCACCGUCCUAAAGGGGACAUUAAAAAAAAAAAAUCACUGCAUCCAGCUGGCAUCCACAAUCUAGCCCCCGACAAAGUUCCCAGUGCCCUCGCCAAGGGCUUACUCAUCCCAUCUGUUAGAAUUCUUUUGACGAGAGGGGCCUCUGUGCCCCCAGAGCCCCUGUCUAUUUCUCAGCCACAGUCAACUUUCCUUCAAACCAGGAGACCCCCACUGUCUGCCAAUAGGACUCUUGUAUCUUCCUUUAAUUCUACUCUUUCAUUGACAUCCCAGUACACCUUCAGGUGCCCUUAACCUGUGCCCUUGACCUCACUGACCUCCAGAGGGCCUCAGCCAUCCAGUGUCUCUUGUUUCUCCCUCUUCCCGGUGGCAGAACUGGUCUCCUGGAGGCCAGGCCACUGGGUGGAGCCUCCAGUGGCAUCAACAGUGACAACCCUCGGCUGCAUUCUCCCGCUUACUGGGCAUGGACUUUGGGUGGCCUGAGGCCAUACUGGAAGGCUGCCUUUGGGGUCUGGGCCUGACCCUUAGAACAGUUCAAAAACACUGGCGUGACUUGAGGCAAGAUGGACAUCAUUGAAUCUGCGUUCUUUAAGGUGGUUCUGGCUACAGUGCAGAGAGUGUCAGAGGUGACGGAUCUUGGCCGCCAUGCCAGCCGCCGCUUCUUCAACUGGUUUUAUUGGAGCAUCAAUUUGUACCUGCUGCCCCACAGAGACCCCCAAGGCGCCCACCUGCUGCCCGACCAGAGGUCUCCCCAGCCCGGCCCUUCCCCCCAGGAGGACAUCGCCAACUUCCGGGUGCUGGUGAAGAUCUUGCCCGUCAUGGUGACCCUGGUGCCCUACUGGAUGGUGUACUUCCAGAUGCAGUCCACGUACGUCCUGCAAGGUCUUCACCUCCACAUCCCGAACAUCUUCCCAAACUAUCCUGGCAACAACUCCGUGGCUCUGGGGGUCCAGGACAGCGGCUAUAAGAUCCCGGAAGCCUGGCUCCUCCUGGCCAACGUUGUGGUGGUGCUGAUCCUGGUGCCUGUGAAGGACCACCUGCUUGACCCUUUGCUGCUACGGUGCAAGCUGCUUCCCUCGGCUCUGCAGAAGAUGGCGCUGGGGAUGUUCUUCGGUUUCACCUCUGUCAUAGUGGCAGGAUUCCUGGAAAUGGAGCGUCUAGAGUACAUCCAUCAGAACCAGACGGUGUCCCAGCAGAUCGGGAAGAAUGUGUACUAUGCAGCACCACUGUCCAUCUGGUGGCAGAUCCCUCAGUACCUGCUCAUCGGGAUCAGUGAGAUUUUCGCAAGCAUCCCAGGCCUGGAGUUUGCCUACUCAGAAGCCCCACGCUCCAUGCAAGGCGCCAUCAUGGGCAUCUUCUUCUGCCUGUCGGGGGUGGGCUCGCUGUUGGGCUCCAGCCUGGUGGCCCUAUUGUCACUUCCCGGAGGCUGGUUGCACUGCCCUAAAGACCAUGGAAACAUCAACAAUUGCCAGAUGGACCGGUACUUCUUCCUGCUGGCCGGCAUUCAGGCCGCCACGGCCCUCCUGUUUAUGUGGAUCGCGGGUCGCUAUGAGAGGACGGCUCACGGCCCAGCUUCCCAAAGCUACCCCAGCAGGGACCGGGGCUGACAUGCUCCCCUCCCCGCCCUCGAGCUUCUCUCCACCUGAGAGCAGACAGCAGGAGCCCCAGCUGGGGUUUCCUUCUCAGUUUAUUCUGUACCCAACGUUAGGAUGCAAUGGUUCCCAUAAAUAAGGGGCGUGAGCCCCUCCUCGCGA